UCCUCUCCACUUGGCGACGCUCUCAGCUAAUAUGCUUCUCUUCUUCACACUGUCCCUAUAAAGGCACGAGAAGUCACCAAGCAAAUGGCUAAUACUUAAAAAGCCUAAAACACAGAAACUCCAAAAGGCAACGCAAGCACAGGCCAGAAAAUUAAAUUAAAUAAGAGCAAUGGCAACCACAAGAUCUUUACGUUCCCGUAGGCCUCUGGGUCACGUUCCUCCUCCUGGUUCAGCUUCAUCACCUGUUACGGCUGUGAAAUGUAUCGGCAAGAGUACUGCAGGGUUAUUGGGUGGAGAGAAGAUGGUUUCAGGAGCCGAUGAUGAAAGGAAAUCAACGGCGACUGCUGUGAAAGCAUCCGUGGCUGUUAAAGAAAGCUUGAUCAAUGCAGAACCAAGGGUUGAUGAGGGAAUAGAUUUGGCUUCUUUGCUUGCCAAUGUUGGUAAUGCUUUGUUUAAGGUGUUGAGGCCUGCUGUUAAACGAAAGCCCUGGAAUUUACAGGUCCAGAUGUUCAUUGAAAAGGCCAUAAUUGGUUGUGGGUUCUUUACAUUGUUUGCAAUUGCAGGAUCCUUGCUUAGUUCAGUAUUGUGUUUUCUGGAGGGUUGCUCUCUCAUUCUGGAAUCAUACUUUCACUAUUUUAGUUCGUUAUCUCAGAGUUCAGAUCAAGGACAAAUGGUGCAGUUGCUUAUAGAAGCCAUUGACCUAUCCUUGGUAGGCACAGCCAUGCUUAUAUUUGGGGUUGGGCUGCAUGUCAUCCUUGUAGGACCAAAUCAUUCAAAAGCAAAAAGGCAAUGGCUGCCAGAAUCAAACUUUUUUGGACUUUUCUAUUUGAAGUUUCUUCCAUCGUGGGUGCAGAUGGAGUCAGUUACCCAAGCAAAGUAUAGAAUUGGGUAUGCUGCAAUUAUGAUCCUUCAAGUGGGAUUGUUGGAAAAAUUCAAGAAAGUACCUCUGGUUACGAGUUUGGAUCUUGCCUGUUUUGCUGGAGCUGUGCUUGUUUCCUCUGCGUCUAUAUUCGAUCUCUCAAAACUCUCAGUUGGUGAUAUUGGCGGAGAAGGCAGGUAACAGAGGAAUGUGCAUGUCAUCAGUGCAUAUAUACUUGGCACCCAUGAAGGCCGUUGUAUAUGUACACACAAGGGUUACAUGAAAUAAUUUUUCUUAUAGUAAGGAUCACCGUGCACCGACAGAAGAGCCAUUGUCAUCAGAAGAAAAGGAUUCAAACAGACUAUAAUUACAAUCUCUAACAAGCUUCUAUUUCCCUACGGAUUUUAGACUCAUCAACGAACAGAAGAUCAUUAAAUUUGCUGCCUCAUCUUUCGAUAUAGAGAGGACACUAGAGAUGUCAGAGAUAUCUUCUUCCAUGCGUUGGCGUGUAUCUUAUUGCUUAAUGAUCCUACAGUUUUGUGGCUUGAAAAGCUCGUAGGAAUCAUGAUUAUUAUAAUAAUGAUCAUGAACCAAAAACAUAUAGAUGAUUUUCCUUCAUCCAUGAAUAACUUUUACAUGCAUCCAAGUAUGUAUCUACUAAUGAAUAAACAGGAGCUAAAGUCAUAGUAUGACAUAAAUUCAAAUUAAUAAAAUGCUAUUUUGAUGAGUAUGCAUACAACUCGGUAUAGAUAAAUAUUUCUUUCAUGUCAGCACAAUCCAUUUCAAUAUUACAGCUGUAGGUCUGGCCAUGGUUUGCUUCAAACUGUGAAUGGAACGAAACUGAACCUUUCAAAUCUGGGAUCCAAACUAUACAUAUGUAGAUGUGGUUUAUGUUAUCUAUAUUAGACAUUUGAGUUUCUGUAAAUAUAUAAACAAGAGUGAUUGGUAGCAGAGAAAGAGGAGGAAAAUGGGGAAAACCAAGAGAAACAUAGAGAACGGAAAAGGGAGAGCUGAUUAACAAACUCUGCCUAGUCUUUACUCUCAUCUCUGAAUACCUAACGUUUCAUGUGAACACAAAACAGGAAUCAAAAUUAAUUAGAAUACAAAUCACCAUAACAUAUAUUCCUUAUAAGGAUUCAAAUUGGUUAAGUAGGUUAUUUCUAAUUGAUAAAAAAUAACCAAAAAUAGCAGCGCUCAUUUCAUUGUGCAGCUCAUGGAGUUUAAACAUAAAUAGCAAGUCUUUUAAUGGUGAUGCUCUUGUCCACCUAGAACUCCCAACACAAACCUACAGCCCCAAUUUUAAAUGUUUUUGCUUUCUUUUUUCCGACAAGAAAUAGAGUGCACUUAAAAGUCUAGCAUUUGAGUCGUAGUGAAAAACUAAUGAAAUUUGGAAAAAAAAAAAAAGAAAAGAAACAAUGGAUGGUGUAGCUAUGAUUUUUCUAACACAAAUGAAAAAGCAGAGACAGAAUUUCCAUAAUAAAUGGGAAAAGAUCAGAGAUAGCAUUAAUACCCAUUUAAAUUUCCCAUGAUCAUUGAGCACAUCCAAAUUUUGUUUCAGAUGACUGUCCUUUUGUUGCCUAUCGAAUUCCCAGUUUUGGGAAAAGAGCAAAAGUGUUAGAAACGAAUUUUAAGCAGAACAGAACAAAAAUAGAAAAACAUUAGCUCUUGUGGGCAAACUGGAAAAGCAUUCAAAUUGCUGCAAAAGGCAAACUUAAGGAGGAUAAGUAUCAUGUAAAUCUCAGAAACAUAUAUUUAAAUUUCAAAAGAUAUCAAUGAAUUUAGAGAUGACUUGCAAUAUGGAUUGCCAGAAAAGGACUGGGGUUCAAGUUUACAAGAUUGCUCAUAAACUUCACUUGCUCAAUGAUAAAAAUUGGGGUGAAGAUAAUAUGAGCUUUAUGCAAUUGCUUCUAAUCUAAGCAUAGUUGAUUAGCAGAGAAAAAUUGGAUAUAUGCUUUCAGAAUUUGUGCAUGCCUGAUCAAUCAAAUACCUCCAUUAUUCCUGGAUAUUGCUACAUAAGUUGCAAAAUUUAAAAUCUUGACAGAAGCAUGAAGAAUAUUUUAAUAUGGCAAAAUAGAAAUGGUGUUCUGAGCAUAUACAAAUAUAUAUAGGAUCAGUAACAAAGGCACAAGUUAUUCCUAAAGGCACAGGUUAUUCCUAAACCUGUCUGGCCAAUCGAGAGUGAGACUACAGAGAACUUAGCUAAUCUAAGUUGCGCAUGUAUCUUGUACUGAAGAAUCUUUAUCUCUAAACUUCAUCUUCAUCAAGCGAGACACACAUCUGGCAUUCCAGGACAGACCCAGGAUUGGCAUAAGUGCAAAGAUCACAAAACCAAUAGUCUUCUGCUUCCUCUGGCGAGCUGCUAGCCCCGUGAGAGACCACAUCAGAUAGGCCAUUCUCCAAUACUCUUACCAGCUUCUCAAAGUAGUCUCCAGUAACAACGGUAAGAGUAAGUAGCAUUGUCCGGAAUUUAAUGAAAUCCUUUGAUAGGCCAUCAGAAUCAAGAAACUGUUCCAGCUCUUUUUCUGCACAAUCAUGAAGCUUUUCCAGUCUAGACUCUGCCUCCCCUUGCAAGUACUCAAAAAACUGUUUCUUAGCAAGCUCAUUUUCUGGCAGGUAGUAUCCAUAUGCAUAACUCCAUUCCAGCACUCUCCUACAUUCAACCACCUGCAGCCAUGCCUUCGUUAUGAAAUCCAUAUUGUCUUCAGGUAUGCCUUGUAUCUCACUAAGCCUUUUAAAUUUCACAUCCUUUAUAUGUUGAAAAUCUGCAAGUGCUUUUAGUUUUGACUUUCGAUUGGCAUCCCAUCGUUCAAAAUAAUGUGUAUAUUUCUCUAAAGAUUGCUUUGCCAUCUCUUUUUUCCUCACUGCAUUAUCCAGAUAUCCAUUACAUUGUCCAUGAUUUUCAUAUGGAGCAAGACAUAACCAGCAAAAGCUAUACAUACAGACCCUGCAAGUCAUGUGCAUACAACCCUGGUUCUUUUCAAUUGGUCUUCUGCAGUUAGGACAAGGCUUGCAGUAAGUUAGUAUGUAAUUAACGUUUUCAGAUUCUGACUGGUUCUUGGAAAUCCACUUCUUCACAGUCUCACAAUCCACAGGACGGUGACUUUCAUCAUCGCAAUUCCAGCAAAAAC